AAUCCUGCAAUUAGUGCAUCUAACUCCUCCUUUACUGCAGUCUUCUCUCCUAUUGGUGAAAGGUCUUCGCAGCUCAUGUAGGGAUCCCACCCCUUUUGUGGGUUUUCAUUCUGAAGCUAUCCACAACUUUACACCUGAAUGAAUGCCAAACCUCCCUGAAUAUAUAAAGGAAAUCUUCAAGAGCAAUUGCAGAGUUACCCAGAAGAAGCAGAAGGAAAAGAUUUCAUCCAGCUCUGUCAGACACAGACUGAACCAGCCAUGCUUCUCCCUGCCAUUCACUUCUAUGGCUUUCUCCUGACUUUCAUCUUCACGAGAAGCUACUUGGCUUUCAAGAACGAUGCCACAGAGAUACUUUAUUCACACGUCGUUAAACCCGCUGCAGCGAGCCCAAGCAGCAACAGCACGUUGAAUCAAGCCAGGAACGGAGGCAGGCACUACACCAGCACUGGAUCCGACCGUAACAAUCGUGUUCAAGUUGGUUGUCGGGAACUGAGAUCCACCAAGUACAUUUCUGAUGGCCAGUGCACCAGCAUUAACCCCCUGAAGGAACUGGUGUGUGCUGGUGAAUGCCUCCCUUUGCCACUGCUCCCCAACUGGAUUGGAGGAGGUUACGGAACCAAGUACUGGAGCAGGCGGAGCUCGCAAGAGUGGAGAUGUGUCAAUGACAAAACUCGCACUCAGAGGAUCCAGCUUCAAUGCCAGGAUGGAAGUAUAAGAACCUACAAAAUAACUGUGGUCACAGCCUGCAAGUGCAAGCGAUACACCAGGCAGCACAACGAGUCCAGCCACAACUUCGAGGGAACCUCUCAAGCAAAACCUAUCCAGCAUCACAAAGAGAGGAAAAGAGCCAGUAAAUCCAGCAAACAUACUACAAGUUAGAAGUCAAACAUUCUCUCCUCUCUCAUCUCCCUCUCCUCGUGCCAAAACUGAACUCACCUGUAACCAUUUGCUUUACCCUUCUGACUGCUUAAAGACAAGUCUGCCAUUGCUGUGUUCUCAGUUGACACUACUUGCUUUGACCAAAAUCAAAAGGGGCAUUCUCAGCAUAUGGACAUUUUGGGUGAUUUUCCAGAUGCUCAAGAUGGGGAAUAACACAAGCCUUCCAAGCCCAUACUAUAAACUUUUACAUUUUCUCCACCCAUGGAGGCAAAGAAAAUUUGCCAUGAGUCUUCACUGAAGUCUAUUUUGUAAAAAGAUGCUUUGUCGUGUGUUUUCCUGAGAACAGUUAUCACAUCUAUUGCCUUCUAUAUCAUGUUUUAUGAACUUCUGACAACAGCUUAAAAAUACAACACCUUGUAUCUGCUUUCAGAUUCAUUCUAAAAAGAUGCUUUGCAUGCUCACCUUUCUCUUAUCCCAGUAUACCAAAAAUUAAAAUAUGCAUGGCAGCAAUCAAAAAGUAAAGCUGAACAAACUAUUUAUUUGUUGUUGUAAUUAUUUAAUGAGCUUUUAUGUGUGUUAUUUCCCUUCAAAAUUUCCUUAUGUUUAUAGCUUUUCAUAUGUAUCAAAGUAUUUUCCUAUGAUUUGUGGCUGGAUUAGAACAUAAUUUUGUAGAUAAUGUAAAAUAGACAUUUUAGCAUUCUUGGUAUAUAUAUUUUAAUUUUGAACAUUCAUAGACAUAGGUGUUAUUUCGAAGUAGCAACAUAAAAAUUGUAUUUUUCAUUCUCCACCCUGUAUUAUUUUUGUUUAAAAAGUGUGCAAUCAAAAGACAGAUAUAACUUCCUUUCAAAUUCAUUGGUUUCUUUUGUUUUUUUUAGAAAAAUAAACACUGCUAAAAACCUG